AUCGCCUCAACCAUCUGCUUCAAUCACGACGUUGGCCAUGCCCCAUUCUUGUUUCAAUCCACUUGGGCUGUUGGGUGGGCUAGCAUAUUACCACUAGCAUGUUUCCCUUUGGACGUUUGGUUCUGGCGACACCGCAACAUUAUAAAAUGAUGACAGCGUCACCUCAAAAAAAAAUGAUGACAGCGGCGGGGCAGCCAAAAGAAGAAAAUAAAAAUGAGCCAAUUAUCGUGCUUCCAUCUCCCAACUGAGCUUACACCGUUGACUCGAAGAAGACCACCACGAAAUUCCCGAUCUCUCGCGCGCUCCUGGAUCUUGUAAACCUCUACCAGAAGGCAGCGCGGGUAACCUCCGGUGGCCGUCGCAUCUGGGCCGACGACGAUCAAGAAUGUCCGGCGGCGACCUGCGCAGCCUGGCGGCGGUCUCGGCCACGGUGACCGCGGCCAUGUGCUACGUCCGUUUCGCGGCCGGGCGCCUCCGCCCGGGCCUGCCCCGCCUCGCCGCGUUCCUCCCGGUGCUCGCCGUCCUCCCGUUCCUCCCCUUCGCCUUCAGCGCCAUCCACCCGCGCGCCAUCUCUGGGUUCUUCCUCGCCUGGCUCGCCGAGUUCAAGCUCCUCCGCCUCGCCGCCGGCAAGGGGCCCCUCCACCCGUCCCUCCCGUUCCCCGCAUUCGUCGCCGUCGCCUCCGGCCCGGUCAGGCUCCACGGCGACGGGCCCGACAAGGCUCAAGGCACGUCGUCGGGCCUGGACCUCGCCUCCUCCGCCGUCAUGGCCGCGCUGCUCGCCGUCAUCGUGUCGCUGUACCGGUACCAGGAGGCGAUGAACCAGUACGUCCUGCUCACCCUCUACGCGUUCCACGUGUACCUGGCCCUGGAGCUGGUCCUGGCGUCGGCGGCCGCGGCGGCGCGCGCGCUGCUGGGCAUGGAUCUGGAGCCGCAGUUCGACCGGCCGUACCUGUCGGCGUCGCUGCGGGACUUCUGGGGCCGGCGCUGGAACCUCUCUGUCCCCGCCGUGCUCCGGCCGUGCGUGCACCGCCCCGUGCGCGCGCGCCUGGGCACCGCCGCGGGGGUGCUGGCGACGUUCCUGGUGUCCGGGCUGGCGCACGAGCUCAUGUUCUACUACAUCACGCUGCGGCCGCCCACCGGGGAGGCGACGGCCUUCUUCACGCUGCACGGCGCGUGCGCGGUGGCGGAGGCGUGGUGGGCGAGGCACGACGCGUGGUGGCGCCCGCCGCGGCUGGUGGCCACCCCGCUGACGCUGGCGUUCGUGCUCGUGACGGCCUUCUGGCUCUUCUUCCCGCCGAUCACGAGGCCCGGGGCCGACAAGCUGGUGAUCGCCGAGUGCGAGGCGGCCGUCGCGUUCGUGCGGGGCGCCGGGGCCUGGGCGGCUGGCUCCGUCCAGUCGGUCUGGACUGAGCGCUCGUAGUACGGAGACGGCGGGUGCGUCACGCCUGAUGCGCCCGCGAAGAAUGGCUCGUUGCUCAGGCGGCAAUUUUUGUGUGUAUUGCGCCUAUGGCUGUCGAGUUGUUAUGAAAAUGUACCGAAACAAAUCGAUAGCUUGGUUACUCGUUUAA